UAAAAGGAGUCUUAGCCAAUAAUUAUUUUCAAACACCAACAUCUAACAAGAGAGAGCUAAAGACUCAUAAAAUGAAGCUUCGCUGUGUCUUCUUCAUCUUGGUUACUCUGGGGAUAAAACAUGCAGGAGCUGCAUGCUACAGUGGAGAAGAAUACAAGUUCUGUGAUCAAUGUAACGGAGACUGUGCAAAUGACAAUGGGUGUUAUUGUGCGAAUGACUUGAAACUCCAAUGCAUCCCCCGUGACUGUGCAUUAACACCCAAUCUCAAUAUCUGCUGCCCCAAGCAAUUAUUCUGGAGUUUAGAAGAAAAAUGUUGCUCAGACGAAGCAAUCUGCCAUCCCUCAUGUUUAAGUGAUGAGAAAUGUGAGCUGGUAAAUGAUAAGGCAACCUGUGUCUGCAACAAGAGUGUACACAAUAAGAAAACAAUCAAUGACUUGAAACCGUCAGUGAUAUGUAGGAGUGAUACAAUGGAUCUAUCGCUUAGUCGUUGCCUCCUGGAGUACCUUGGGUAUGAUCCUGAAUCCUUGCGUCUGAAUGGAAGUGACCUUGAAUGCAACACCACCUAUAACGCUACUUCCAACAACCAGAGCACUAUUAACAUUCAGGGUCAACUAAAACAAAAUUGGUGUGGAACUGUGGUAACAAAUGAUUCAAGUCAUAUAUACUAUAAAAACACUGUUAACAUUGGUAUUCAGAAUAAACCGAUCAUAACUGUGAAUCCGAUCCAGCUGGACUUCACCUGUUCUUACAACCGCUCAAUGACAUUCUACUUGAACAUCAGUAACAAUAUUGUGAAAAAAACUGUCUACCUCAGUCCUGUCAAUGGAAUGGGCUCAUACCCCCUCACACUUACUGCUUACAAAGAUUCAGCAUUGUCACAGGUUCCAAUAUCCGAAGAUGAUACUAUAGAAGUUGGAUCCUACAUCUACCUUGGCUUCGUUGUAGAAAAUGCAGAUGCAGAAAAAUAUUCGCUCAAGGUGGAGAAUUGCAUUGCAUCCCCUGUCUCAAAUCGUGACAAUGCCAUUGCCGUGACAUUUUUAAAGGGAGGCUGUCCUGUUGGAGAAAUAACAACAUCUGUACUGGGAAAUGGGAAGAGUCUGGAGAGCCGCAUUAGAAUCAGUUCGUUUACGUUUAAUGGGUAUAACGGUCUGUACAUCUUCUGUGAUGCCCGGUUGUGUACCCAAGGUGAACAAUGCGACCAGUGUACAAGUAGCAGGUCUGCUGGGGGACAAACUCAAGAAAUCAGCAUUGAGGUGAAGUUACAAGAUAAUUUUGAUGUUAUUAGCUCCAGUUCCAACAUAGCUGGAUCCUUGGGUGUAAUGGCUGGAUGUCUAUUCAUGUACCAUUCAAAUAAACUGGUUUGGUGAGAAACUUAUUGUAUCCUAUGGAGCUGGAUAUAAAUGGAUCAAGUCAUGGGCUUCACUUAUAAUCAACAGAUUGUGGCACUGAUUGGAAAUAAUUUAUUUUUCUUCACCAGACUACAAAGUGUAUAUAUUGUACUUAGGUGUAUGGAUGACAAGAUGUCUGUAUGGCUCGUUAAUUACUUUUCAUACAGUCAGUAUAUUUAGACAUAUUACUUCAAUAAACAGAUAUAUGCAACUACUUUAA